AUGGAAUUAUUUACAGUUAAUCGUUACACUGAAGAGAGCAACAAAAGCUUAAGCGAUGGCAAGUCAACAAAUGAGGAUGAAAUACUGCAAAAAUUGCUACAAAAAGCGGAGAAACGCAAAAGGAAACAUAAAGCAAGUGAGCCAAUAAAAGAAACGAGCAAAGAUGCAGCAAAGACAGCGACUGAGGUGGAGCCUGAAGAGCAGCAGCAGCAGCAAGCAGUGGCUGAGACGCCAGUGGAGCAGCAGCUGCCGGAGGAGUCAAAUGAUUUUCAAGUGCUGGGCGCAGAUGCUGCAAGCGCAAAGCGUGCCAAAGUGGAAAUGGUGCUGCCCGCUUGGCUGGCGCAUCCCACAAUUAUUGAAGGCGGCAGCUUGAAGCCAGAGCUGGCCGAGGGCGAAGUCGAUGCGGCGGCUAUAAAGGCGCAGCCUUUUCUAGAGAAGCACAUACGCAGUGCGCUUAAGCAGCUCAAGAUUAAGCGACUGUUUCCAGUGCAGCGAGCUGUUAUACCCUGGAUACUGGAGGCACAAAAUAAACCGGAACCGUUUCGCCCACGCGAUAUUUGCGUUUCAGCGCCCACGGGCAGCGGCAAGACGUUGGCGUUUGCUAUACCCAUAGUACAGCUGCUGGCGCAGCGCGUGGAGUGCAAGGUGCGUGCGCUGGUGGUGCUGCCUGUGGCGGAGCUGGCGCUGCAGGUGUACAAAGUGUUUAGUGCGCUUUGCAGUCAAACGGAGCUGGAGGUUUGCUUGCUGUCCAAGCAGCAGCGACUGGAGGAUGAACAGCAAAAGCUGCUGGAGCUGUACAAGGGUGUAUACUACUCCAAGGUGGACAUAGUAGUGACUACACCAGGUCGCUUAGUGGAUCAUUUGCAUGCUACCAAAGGAUUCAGCUUGAAGUCACUGCAAUUUUUAGUUAUUGACGAAGCGGAUCGCAUAAUGGACGCAGUUUUUCAAAACUGGCUUUAUCAUUUGGAUGAGCAUGUGCGCUCCACAGCAGAUCAGCUGCUGGCGGGUGUGCAGGCACCGCUUUGCUAUCAACAGCUGCUCCAAAGCUAUGGCCAGCAGCCGCACAAGCUGCUGUUCUCUGCGACGCUGUCGCAGGAUCCAGAGAAGCUGCAGAAUCUGAAACUGUUUCAGCCCAAGCUGUUUACCACGCUGGACGCAGCGCAGACAGCAGCAGCAGCAGCUGAAACAGCACUGGAUGAGGAGGAGGAGCCAAGUGGACAGUUUAUUGGCAAGUACACAACACCAGCGGAGCUAGUGGAGCAGCAUUGCCUUACCGAAGUGAGACUCAAGCCGCUGACGCUGUUCGCUUUGGUGCAGCAAAAUGGUUGGAAGCGUUUUCUUUGCUUUACCAAUAGCACGGACACAGCUGAUCGCCUGUGCUUUGUGCUCAAACAACUGUUUGAGGAUUCCCCCAUCAAAGUGGAGCAGCUGUCUGCCAAGUGCUCAGCUGCGCAGCGUGCGCAGCGCUUGAAUGAAUUUGCACGCGGCAGCAUUCAAGGCCUCAUUUGCUCCGAUGCUCUAGCGCGUGGCAUAGACGUAGCCAAUGUGGACAUUGUUAUCUCCUACGAAGCAGCGCGUCACAUCAAGACCUAUAUACAUCGCGUGGGACGCACAGCGCGUGCUGGUCAAGCGGGCACAGCCAUUACACUACUUACGGAGAAGGAUCAGGCGCAGUUUAAGCAAAUGCUCAAUGCUGCGGGCAAGCGCAUGGGCGAGGAGUUGAGCGUUUCGCCAGACAUUGAGGUGCAGCAUGCGGUGCUAUAUAAACGCGCAUUGGAGGCACUGCGUCAGCGCCAGGAGAACCAAAAGAAUGUGCAGAAAGUACAAAAGAUGCGCAAUUCGCGCAAAGCAGCAGCGCACAAGCCUGCGCCAGCAGCUGCAGCGCCAGCUGGUCAGCUAACGUUGAUGGAGCAGCUGCAGCACAAUGCGGCUUCACAGCUGUGGAGCAAGCAGCAUUCAAAAGCAGCCAAACCAACAAAAGCAGCGCAGCCAAAGCAGCAAACUCAAGUCAAGUCCAGACGACAAAACAUGGAGAAGUAAUAAAGCUUUGUUGUUGUUUUAAGUUUAAAGUACUAGGAAAUUAUAA